GUUCUUCGAGCUGCAAGCCUGUUGAGGGCAAUAGGUAAGCCUCAGAGCGUAUCAGCCUUUACUAUCUGGUUUCGUUUUCGCCCCCGUCUUAAGAAGAAGCGUCGGUGUUGUCCGCGAACUCCGUUGGAAAUUUAUCGCCUGGCACAAGCUGCUUCCUUAGCGUGUGAUCCUCCUUGUCGAAGUGAAUUACUUUACCAGCUCGCUGCAUUUCUCACCUUCAACGGAUGCAAUAUAGCACCAAUUUCAUGUCUUCUUCUCGCCUUUAACCAUGUUGCAUCCACUCCAAAGUCCAGUCUGGAUAACGUCUAUCAUUUCCUUGUCUGGAAGGAAGCUGAGGUCUCAGAGGAUGUCGAGUUUGUUUCCGCCCUUCGGAAGAUUUAUUGCUGGUCUUCAAUUCCGACGGUUACAUCUCUACGAGACCUUGUCUCCAAUCUAGUGGAUGAUUUUUGCUAUAUGAGGGGUGACGAUCCUUUGGAUACUUCAAGAUCUCUUCGCCUUAUCCUCACAGCUUACGCAUUCACAAAUCUGGAUACUAAAAAGUCUUCAGGUUGUCGGUUUGGUUUGGUCGGUUGGCUUCUGAAGGCCAGACUUAUGAAUUGGAUUAAUAGCCUCGCAAAGAGUGAGGAGGUGGAUUCAGCGCUACAGCUGCUGCUUCGAGUUUGUUCCCUCUCUGUUGAUGUAAUUCUACUGACUGUUCAGUUGGACCUGCGACGGCCUUCCGCCGCCCCUCUCAAAAACAAACCCUCGGCAUGUCAGCGGGGUGUCCUGGUGUGUUGUGAACGCAUUUUCGAGGUGCUAGUGUCCCUCCUUCCCACCUCGUCGCAGCAUCUUCCCCUUGUUGUAUUCUGCCUUUUUCGGCUGGCUCCCUGUCUCAGUGGUGAACAAAUUACGGAACUUGGUGAUGUUCUAAGAGGAUUGUCCGUGAAGGACCUUCCCGCUUCUAAUCCCGUCGUCAUAUCAUCCAUUCUGCCACCGUUGCAGAGUGCCUGUAUUAACCGUUCUUUUGAGCGUCUGCAGAUACCAUCAACUGAAUUACUUGCUCAAUGGAUUAAAAGAACUCUUUCCCCUUCUUAA